AUGACAAAAUAUGGUAUAGUCCGCCAGAGACCAUCACUGACUAUAUACCAUCAGAUGCCUAGCAUUCAAAUGUCACAAAACUUCAAACGAAAACGUCCGGCAUUUUUGCAGAAGUACAACUGGAAGCUCUUGAGCCAGAAAGGUGAUGGUUGCGGCACUGCUGAAGACACACUUGGCGGAUUGAAAGCUCAGAUGAGAAGCUACUAG